AUGCUCCAUCACGAGCUUGGAGUUGCGGAGGUCAAGUGUACUCUGGGCCCAAUUGAUGUGGUGACGGGGGACUAUCUCGCUGAAGCCAAUUUGGCCCAAAAUGCUGAAAAUUACCAGGCUGGAGCGCAUCAUGGAUAUGAUCCCAAUGCGCUGGAAGGAUUAAAAUUGUCCCUCGAGGUGGCUGCAGAGCGGCGGAUUAAACUCAUUGUCAAUGGUGGCGCUUUGAACCCGGAAGGGCUGGCAAAGGUCGUUGAUUCCAUGGCUCGAGAGAAGAAGUUGGACCUCAAGGUAGCUUGGUUGGUCGGUGACGAUGUGAAAAGUCAAUUCAUCUCGAUGCUUAACAGCGGGGUGACGCACCUGGACGGAGACAAUGCUGCAUGUUUUCUAACUCCCGAAACUCGGACUUUUCUCGAAACUCCAGCCCGUUUUGAUAUUGUCACGGCUCAUGCAUAUCUCGGCGCUCGAGGUGUGAAGAAAGCAUUGGACCUUGGAGCCGACAUCAUAAUUUGCGGCAGAGUGUCAGAUGCCAGUCCUGUCAUUGGGGCUGCUUGGUGGUGGCAUCAAUGGAACGACACCGACUACGACCAGCUGGCAGGAUCCCUGGUGGCAGGGCACCUCAUUGAAUGUAGUGGCUAUGCCACAGGGGGCAACUUCUGCGAAUUUUUUCAAUUCCCUCUACAGAACCUCGUUGACAUUGGCUUUCCAAUCGCGGAGAUUGAUGCUACAGGAUCAAGUAUCAUCACCAAACACGAAGGUACGCGUGGCUUUGUGACAGUGGACACCUUGAAAGCGCAACUUCUCUACGAGAUCCAAGGCAAUAUAUAUCUCCACAGCGACUCCAAAGCGAAUCUUUCCAACGUGGUCAUGGUCGAGGAAGGACCAAACAGGGUCAGAGUCACCGGCACUAAAGGGCACCCACCGCCACCAACGACAAAGCUGGCCGCUUUCUAUCGUGCAGGCUGGCAAUGUGAAUAUACCCUCACGGCCACCGGCUAUGCGACGGCAGAGAAAUUUAUACUGCACGAACAGCAAAUUCGUUUUCGUUUGCACGAGGUCGGAGAGCACGAUAAUUUUCAGGUGCUGGAAUUCCAGGUCUACGGUCUUCCUGAGACCAACCCUGAGUCUCAACUACGAAGCACCACUGCGAUUCGAGUAUUUGGACAAGCAAAAGAAAAACACACGGUCGAAGCGCUAGCCAACGCCAUGUUGGAAAGUCUUUUACAACACUAUGCGGGUAUGCAUGGUACUUUGGACUGGCGAACACUCGUACCAAAGGUGUACUUGGCUUAUUGUCCGUGUCUGAUCGCGCAGAGUGACCUGACAGAGGCCGUUCAUAUCAUCGACCAAAAUGGAGCCGUCCAGGUGGUCAAGAGUGGCUCUCCAUCAAAGUACGAAGAGGUGCCAGCGCGAGUGGACUAUGACACGGAAUCUCCCAUUGAUUGCUCGACAUUUGGCCCUACCCAGGAUGCCCGUCUAGGCGACGUGGUCUUGGCCCGUUCGGGUGACAAGGGAGCCAACUUAAAUGUAGGCUUCUUCGUCCGCGAGGACGAUGAAUGGGACUGGCUACGGAGCAUCUUGGAUCACAAAGCCAUGAUACGCCUCAUGGGGAAAGAAUGGCAGGAUGAGUACAAAUUGGAGAGGUGCGAACUGCCUGGAAUCCGUGCCGUCCAUUUCGUCAUCUACGGUAUACUGAAGAGAGGAGUAAGUUCGACGGCUCGCCUGGAUGCAUUAGGCAAAGGGUUUGCCGAGUUCAUGCGCGACCGAUGGUUAAAGAUCCCAGUCAAGUUCUUACACCGGUAUGCUGAGAGCCGUCCCGCCAGUCAUAAGGGUCUUCCGCUAAUUCCAUGUAAAUGA